CGCAACUCCAGUAUAUACAGAAAUCAAAAACGAUUUUUUUUUGCAAGCCAGCCUGAAAUUCAAAUCAGAAACCAAGUAAAUAAAUAUUAAAAGGAUCAAUAAAUAAUAAAAAUGGAAGAUCUUAUGACGAAGGGUUCGUCGUCGCCGCAGGAGGAAGACGACGAAGAUGAGAAGGCGGAGCUGAAGGCAAAAGUCGCAAUCGCCUCUGAUGAGGGGGUGGAGAACGCUGAGGAUGCUGUGGAGGAGUGCGCUGAAAAGGAAAGCGCGGGUGGCAAGAAGAAAGGCACGCGCAAAAAACGCUCCCUCAACUGGGAAGAAGCGGAGAGGGGACUGCUGCUGGAGGUUAUCAAAUCAAAAGUGGCGUUCGUUGAGAACCGUAGUGUGGAUGCCAAGAGUAUCAAAGCCAAGCGACUUGCCUGGUCCCAAAUCACAAAACAAUUUAAUGCGUUGAACUUUCGGCAUCGGCUGCUGGAGCAAAUUCAGGUGCAAUGGCGCAGCAUGAAGAACUCGGCGAAGCGCGAGCAUCAGCAAAAGCAUCCCAAGUCCGAUCCCCUAGAGGGCAUGCGUAUGAUUGAGUUUAUGGAGGAGCUGCAAAAGGAUCCGGUAACCGCGCGGAGCCAAACCCGCGGGGUCAACACCAAUGGCAGCACCGUAAGCACACUCAAGAAGGAACUACUCGAUAUUGACGAAGAUGAGGAUAUGCCGCUGGCCGCCUUGCCAAACUCGACGAAUGCCAGUGAAGACACGUUGCAGACAUCCACCAUGGCCAUACCAUCGCCACCCCCAUCCACCGCUGGCGGUGAUGGGGACUCGCAGCAAGAGAGCGCUCCUUCACAGCCGCCCACUCAACGUCGCAAACGUGCCAAACCCAAGUCGACGGUUAAUAAAAAUGAUUCCGGGGAUAUGGGAGAGGACAACGAAAAGUCAGCUCCAGUGCGAAAGCGGCGACAGCGCAAUCUCUCGCAGGCUCAGUCGAUAAUAUCAGAUGAAAAUGAAGCGUCCACAACCGUUGCGCCUAGCACAACGCACCAGCAGUUCUCGUCGGCGGCAACAACGGUUCCCGAAACGAAUAGCCCGCCAGCCGCCACGCAUGACCUCAUCAGCAGCACGGAUAUGGAGCAAAAGUAUAAACAUGACCUUUUCAAACUGCUGAAACAGGCCCGUCUGGCCGAGAUAGACUAUGCACGCCGCGAGCACGAACAGAAGUUGCGCCUAGAGCAGAUGGAGCAGGAAAUAAAAAUGGCAUACUACCGGCAAGAGCAGGACUUGAAGCUUCGACACAUGCGGGAAGAGCACGAUAUAAGGCUCCGGCAGCAGCGACGAGAGCACGAGGCGCGUCUUGGUAUUUACAGCCUCAAAUGCAGCGGACUAAAUGGAAGCAUACAGGAACAGAUGCCCCUGCCCUCAGCGAAAUGCAACGCCAAAACGGACUACAAUAAUGUUCACAUGGACGGUGACACUGUCAAACCAUCGACCAGUGCAGAGGGGAAGCUGGCUCUUAGUGCAGCCUGCAAUUAGUGGGCGUGGUAGGGGGGUCAGACACACGCUCGCAGUACGAAUUGCCAGAAAUUUAGAGGAAAACAUAAUCCAAUACUUUAAAAUUUAGCUUGAAAUACGUUUAGCGAAAUGUAGCCCGACCAAAUCACGGUCAGAUGAAUGAUUUCGAAGACAAAUGAAUGAAUACGAAUACUCAAAAACUACACUCAAGAUCAAAAUUGACUGUUUUUUUGUGCAUUUCGCUCCACACACAAAUACGAGCAUACAGACAAUGCAUUUUCAAUAUAGUAUUACAUAUAUAUUUCUAACGAUUAAGACUCCUGAAAAACAUGAUCAUUUCAAGCGCGGUUGUGUCGUACGAAACAAAAAUACUCAAACACACUCUGAAUAAGUUCCCUAUUUGCAAAUCUUUAAAACGCAUACGACGCUUCAAGUCAGUCAGUAUUCUUUAUUGCCACUGUAUUAUUUUUACUUUUUACAUUUUUUAUUUGUAAUUUUUUUUUACAAAACUUACAAUUUAGACAUAGGUACGUGUCGUAAUUGUAAAUCCCUGUAUGUCUGUUCAUACAUUACCGGAGAAUCUUUUAUAAUUCUUAUAAUCAUAAGUUACUGUACAUCGUGUUCUAUAGCGCAGUAAUGUCCUGUCACUUUGCUUCUGCUUAAUAAAAGGCAUGAUUAAGGCGAGAGCGAAGUAAAGUUAAACUAGAUUAAGAAAAUACAAAUACAUAGUGUGUAAUCAACUCUUCGAA